GGAACGCCAAACGCCGCACUCAAGUCAGAGACAGACACCGAGACUUUAACGGGGCUGGGGCGACUGGGCUGUCCUCCUGCUCCCCACUCAGAGUAUUUACUUUACGCUAACCCGAGGACAGUUUUAUCCAAUCGGGACUCAGGUGAUGCAUUACAGACUCACAAUGAUCCGUCCUGUUCAUACGCUACAAAGACACAGAUGAUACCUGGUGACAUGCCUGUGGUAUUAGCUACACAGACUAAUCCAAUGAGAGGGGACUGGAACCGUUACAGUAGUAGUGUAUACUCUGAAAGGUACCUAGAUAAGAAAGGGGAAGGUAUUGUUGUAGAUGAGGUUAUUGUGAAAGUUGAGCGCAACACUCCUCAGACAUGGAAUGCAGACGAGACUCAAUUAAGAGAAGGACACUCGCUAGACAACACCAGUGACGUCUUAGAUUACAAGGAAAGCUUGGAGACAAAUCGAAAUGUUGCGAUCCACUCCCCUUUACAUGCGUUCAGAGAUUGUGACCCAGUGUCCACGUCGAUGGAGCCUUCUGAUUCACACGGCCGCGUCGUUUUUGAUCAGGUAUUGAACUCAAAUGACAGGACUAGAGCCCAGGCUCAGAGAGGGGACUCUACAUCGUGCAAUAGUAAAGAGAAACGGUUCCUCUGCAUGUUCUGUAACAAAGGCUUCAGCUGCCCCCAUAAUGUGGAGAUCCACCAGAGAGUCCACACCGGAGUGAAACCCUACAGCUGUACACAGUGUCACAUGCGCUUCGCCCAGGCUGGCAACCUGAAGAGGCACCAGAGGGUCCACACAGGGGUGAAACCCUUCAGCUGUACACAGUGUCACAUGCGCUUCGCCGAGGCUGGUGACCUGAAGAGGCAUCAGAGCGUCCACACAGGGGAGAAACCCUACAGCUGCCCCCAGUGUGAGAAGAGGUUCUCUCGCCAGCACCAGCUGAAGAUGCACCUGAAGGUCCACACGGGAGAAACGCUGUUUGCCUGUAUGCACUGCGGGAAGAGGUUCUCAGAGAGAAGCUACCUCAGAAUACACCAGCAGAAAAAUCAUUCCAAUCUAUAACAUCGAAAGAAACCAUUUCAUGCGAUAGGUUCUGACGUUUAGAUCAAACCCUGCAUUAAAGACAAAUGUAUACAUUGUCAUUGUUAUCAGCAGAAAAGAUCCACAGGUGCAUUUGGAAUAACGAGUAACAGAUUUCAGUGUUGAAUAUUCCUGGGUAGAAUUUUGCAUCCAGACAUUGCGUGUUAUAUAAGCCUAAAGUCUGUUACAUAUUAUGUUUGUACUGUGUAGGAUAUAUGUUUACAAAUGCCUGGAUUACUUCCAUUCACCUACGGAAUUUUUUUGCUGAAGACUGUGUGCCUCAAGCCAAAAUCAUGUGAAAGUUAUGCCCAAUAGUACUGGAGCUAUGUUUUUUUCUUUCAGAUGUGGAUUGGUUUUAAACUACUCGCAAGCUGCUGUUUUUUGAUUUGAUAACAAACCCCAUUGGUUAGCUAGCUAGUCAUGUUACCUAGCAACCUGAUAACUUGACCACUGACUAGGCUAUGCACAUUUGGAUGGCACAGGAAGAACUGAAAAGGAAUAGGCUCCUCAAAAAUAUGCUUCAAAGUUAGGCUGCAUAUGCAAGAGUGGGGUGUGUAUGAUUGUGUGUGUGUGAGAGAGAGGAUGUGUGUUUCACGUUUUUAUUGUCAUGUGCACUAGUCCAGUGAAAUGCCAUUCUUUCUCUUUCCCAACAAAGCAGUCAACAAUAUCAUAGUCAAUAGUGCAGGAGUAAAUGGGAGGGAGACUGCGUAGGACUAUGUGUGUAAAGGUAUCUGAACAGUACAGAUGGUUACAAUGCUUUCAUCAGUUUAAAAGCUCUUUGUUCUUUGUAUCCAAAGAGACAGUUCUUUUUACCUAGAAUGCCUUAACAGUACUUAAAAUGGUGUGUGUGUGUGUGUGUGUGUGUGUGUGUGUGUGUGUGUGUGUGUGUGUGUGUGUGUGUGUGUGUGUGUGUGUGUGUACUGUGUACAAGUGUUACACUUCAAGAACAUUGAUAAGAGGGAGUAGGCCUACACAAACAUUGGGAGCACUAAUAGCUGUAGCUAUGUUAGGGACUUUUGUGUUGUUUAUGGUGAAAAUACUAUUAAAAUAUUCUGAUGUA